CUGACGGGCUUGUUAUUGUUGGUGACGUAAUACGCACCAGGAGUUCCCGUGCGUUACCUCAUAGAGAGAGCCAGUCAAUUGAGUCAAGCGGUCGCGCCAAAGCGUUAAAAAUGAGUUUUUAGCAAACUAUUAAACUGAAACCGUAGAUGAAGCAUCGAGUUGUAAAAUCAUUAGUUAUGACUGCAAAGGAACUGGGUUAUUGUUCAAGUUUUAGCUAGUUCAUUUCGGUUAGACAAGUUAGCCGGCUAGCUAACGUUAACCUCUUCGACUUCGUGCCAACAGAAAAAGCCUCGCCGCUUUCAACAAGGCCAAGCUACCUAACCUGCAUAUGUAAUUAAUACACUCAACACGUUUGAGUGUACUGUUGUUUUACUUUUAUUGGCCACAUGUCGGAAGAGAGCGCAUUGGUAAUGCAACAGAAUUUGGACAGGAGCUGCUGGGUGUGCUUCGCAACGGACGAGGAUGACCGCACGGCGGAGUGGGUGCGUCCGUGUCGCUGCCGUGGCUCCACCAAGUGGGUCCACCAGGUGUGUCUGCAGCGCUGGGUGGACGAGAAGCAGAGAGGCAACAGCACGGCCCGCGUGGCCUGUCCUCAGUGCAACGCCGAAUACCUCAUCGUCUUCCCCAAGCUGGGGCCGGUGGUGUAUGUGCUAGACCUGGCGGACCGGCUAAUCUCCAAGGCCUGUCCCUUCACCGCCGCUGGCAUCAUGGUGGGCUCCAUUUACUGGACCGCUGUCACCUACGGGGCCGUCACUGUCAUGCAGGUGGUGGGCCAUAAGGAGGGCCUGGACGUGAUGGAGCGGGCAGACCCCCUGUUCCUGCUCAUCGGCCUGCCCACCAUCCCCGUCAUGCUGAUCCUGGGGAAGAUGAUCCGCUGGGAGGACUACGUGCUGCGCUUCUGGAGGAAGUACUCCAAUAAGCUGCAGAUCCUCAACAGCAUCUUCCCAGGGAUUGGGUGUCCAGUGCCUCGUAUCCCGGCAGAGGCCAGCCCCCUGGCAGACCACGUGUCAGCCACUAGAAUCCUAUGUGGCGCUUUGGUCUUUCCCACCAUCGCCACCAUCGUAGGCAAACUCAUGUUCAGCAGCGUCAACUCCAACCUGCAGAGGACCAUCCUGGGUGGGAUUGCGUUUGUGGCCGUCAAGGGAGCGUUUAAGGUGUACUUCAAACAGCAGCAGUACCAGAGGCAAGCCCACCGCAAGAUCCUCAACUUCCCCGAGGCAGAGGAAGCCUGGACAGACAGACAGACACACUGACACAAAGGGGGAGUGGGUGGAGCGGAACAGUGAACUCUGAGCAGGAACACUGUCGGACAGACACAGGGAUCAUUGCUGCCCCCUACCUCUUGUACCCCUCUGAGCAGCCUCGCCUCACAUUCUGUUUCUGCUCUCUGCAGAGUCAUUGUCCUAUGCUGCUGACAUUUGUGCUGUAUGACUAUCGCCAUGAUCUGUUGCGUUUUUAAAACACGUAGACUAAUACAGACAUGCGCGGACGCAGACACACACACUUAUGCAUAUUGCACACAGGAAUGUGACUGCCGCACUGCAGUAGCGAGUUGAGUAUUUUUUUUUACAUAACCAGUGCUUGCUUAUUUUUAGAUAAAUCUGGGACAGGUGUAAUUAUUAGGCAGGAAAGUUUUAGAAAUAAAUUGCCAAUGUGAAUGGUUUAAUGAGGAAUAUUGCUUUCCUGUGUUUUCAGAGAAAUAAGAAUAAAGUAUCUUUAUCACUAAGAGAUUAUUAUUUGAAGGAA